AUGGCAAGGAUAUCAGCAGCCAUUGAAGCGGCGGAUGCUGCGGGUCGCAUCCCCGCGGGGGUCAGCUUGGAAUACCUCGCACAGUCGCGGGAUCGUCCUGCGAAGAUCGCCAUCCUCUUCGGUUGUGCCUUGACCGCCGUCAUUGUCGCCGCGAGAUGCUAUGCGAGAAUUUUUUUCCUCAAGAGAUUUGGCAUGGACGACGCCUUGGCCGUCUUCACGUUGAUGCUGUACAUCACCGUCGUCGUUCUGGCCAUGAUCCUGAUCGACAUGGGCAGUGGUCGUCAUAUGGAGUACAUUCAGUAUGUUCUAUCGCUUUCGCGGGUGAAGGACACCGAGGUCCUCGACUUCGUCAUGCACAUCCUGUAUACGACCGCACUGUUCAUCUGUCGUCUGUCCGGUCUGGCCUUUUACCAUCGGUUGGCCGCGCGACACGACAAAUUAUCGAAGGCGAUCAAGCUAUCCGCCCUCUUCCUCGUGCUCGCCUUCUUGGCCCAAUUUUUCCUGCUGUUGUUCCACUGCGUCCCGGUCACUGGUCUCUGGCCGUAUGAGUGGCAGCCGGGGGGCGACAAGUUCAAAUGCCUGAGCUGGGGAGACGUCUACUCGGUCAACUCCGGCUUGUCGCUGGUCUGCGAUCUGAUGAUGUUAAUUCUUCCGUCCAUGUUGAUCUACAUGCUGCACGUGUCCAGGCAAAGGAAAUUUCAGCUUGCACUGAUCAUGUUUCCGGGUGUGCUAGUCCUCGCUAUUUCCUGUGCGCGCAUCUACCUCGUGGCGGUCGGUCAAUGGUCUUCGGACGGCAGCUGGGCAUACGAUCCCAUGCUGGCCGUGGAAACGUCGGAAAUCGGCAGUACCCUGAUCGCACUGUCCAUUCCCGCCUUGAAGUCACUCUUUGGA